GCGCGAUGGGUCGCCGUCUGCCCAUGUGGCUGUGCGCCGUCGCGGCGCUGCUCUCGGGGGCACAGGCCAAGGGCACCCCGCUCCUCGCACGGCCAGCACAGCCCAGUGCCUCCCGCUACAGCCUCUACACGACCGGAUGGCGUCCGCGGCUGCGCCCGGGGCCGCACAAGUCCCUCUGUGCCUAUGUGGUGCACAGGAAUGUGACCUGCGUUCUACAGGAGGGAGCAGAGAGCUAUGUAAAGGCUGAGUACCGCCAGUGUGGGUGGGGGCCCAAUUGCCCUUCACAAUCAGGUGAGUACCGCUCAGUGCUCAGACCCAGAUACAAGAUUGGCUACAAGACUGUGACAGACCUGGCCUGGCGUUGCUGCCCUGGUCUUACUGGAGAAGGCUGCCCUGAACACCUCACGGACCAUGGAGCUACCCCACCACACCGAGAGCCAGAGCCCCAGAUUCCCUUAGGGCAGCUGGGCCCAGGCCCCAGACCUCCUCCUUACAGCAGAGAGGCCCCAAGCUCUCAUGGAAGAAAAGGCCAAGGGCUGUUUGGUGAGCGGCUAGAACAGCUGGAGGGCGAUGUUCGGCGCCUGUCACAAGCUUAUGGCACUCUGAGUGGUUUGGUGGCCAGCCAUGAGGACCCCAGUAGGAUUACUGGUGACCCUAGGACUCCCGUUGCACCUAUAGGCUUUGGGGUCAUCCCUGAAGGGCUGGUAGACCCAGAAGACAGAGGCAGAGGACCACUCAUCCCUCCUCUGGGUGAGAUCCUGAAUAAAGUGACAGAGGUGAGUAACACGUUACAGACCAAGGUGCAGCUCUUAGAUGAGGUGCAUGGGCUGGCCCUCGGUCACGAGGCUCACCUGCAGCGGCUGCGGGAAGCCCCGCCAUCCCCACUGACCUCCCUAGCGCUGCUGGAGGAGUAUGUAGAUCAGCGGCUACAACGACUCUGGGGGAGCCUGCUGGAUGGCUUUGAGCAGAAGCUGCAAGGUAUUCAAAGUGAGUGUGACCUGCACGUGCAGGAGGUGCGGCAGCAGUGUGAGGAGGGCCAAGCAGCCAGCCAGCGCUUACACCAGAGCCUUGAUGGCCGGGAGCUGGCCCUGCGUCGGGAGCUCUCACAGCUGGGCACUCAGCUGCAGGGCCUGACUCUGACUGGUGGGGGCACCUGCUGCAGCCAACUGGCUUUGAUCAGUGCCCGGGUGGACAGCCUUGAGAGGAACCUGCAGGCUGUCACGGAGGCGCAAGGUGGCCUCAGCACCCUGGCUGCAGAUGAGCUUGCACGUAUCUCAGCUGCUGUGCUCCAGGGAGGUGUGGACGGGCUGCUUGAGGGCCUAGAGACCAUUAAUGGGACAGAGAAUGGAGCAAGGGGCUGCUGUCUGAGAAUGGAGAUGGGGGGCUGGAGUGUCGGUGGCUUCGGGUCUAUGCUGGAAGAGCGUGUACAGAGCCUAGAGGAGCGUCUGGCGGCCCUGACUGGAGAGCUAAGCCACGACAGUGCCGCACCAGACAGAUCCGCACGGCCGCUUGUGCAGACAGAGCUAGCCGUGCUGGAGCAACGGCUAGUCUCCCUGGAGACCUCAUGCACCCCAAGUACCACCUCAGCCAUCCUGGACAACCUUGUGGCAGAGGUGAAGGCCUGGCAGAGCCGGAGUGAGGCCCUCCUACACCAGGUGGCCAGUCACACGGCUCUGCUCCAACAGCUCAAUGGUACAGUAGCCGAAGUUCAGGGGCAGCUGGCAGAAGGGACAGGCAGCUCCCUCCAGGGUGAGAUCACUUUGUUGAAGGUCAACUUGAACUCGGUGAGCAAGUCCCUCACAGGCCUCAGUGAUUCCGUCAGCCAGUACUCGGAUGCCUUCGUGACCGCCAACACAUCCCUAGAUGAACGAGAGCGAAAGGUGGAAGCGGAAGUCCACGCCAUCCAGGAACAGGUCAUCAGUCAAGGCUCAAGGCUUCAGGCCGGCCACAGGCAGGUCCUGAACCUGCGAGGGGAGCUGGAAAGGCUCAAGGCUGGUGUGGCCAGUGUGGCUGGAGGGUUGAGCCGCUGCCGGGACACAGCCCAGGAACUCCAGCAUACGGUGGGCCACUUUGACCAACGGGUGUCGCGAGUGGAAGGAGCCUAUGAGAGGCUGGGCCUGUUGGCUGCCCACCUGAACAGUUUGCCUACUGAGCAGUUGAGCAGGUCCAGGGACGGCCUGUGGGGCCACAUAGACAAGCUGAACCGCACGCUGGCCCAGCACACGCAGGACAUUGCCCGACUCCGGGAUGACCUGCUGGACUGCAGAGCCCAGCUGGCUGAGGUGAGGCCAGGGCAAGCUGACUAGGAACUGGGCGGAAUCUAAAGCCAGAUCCCACCAACCCUGGGAAUAUCAUCCCAGAGACCAACCCUACCCAGCAGCACCUUCCAGCCUUUCCUGGAUGAAUGGCCUUGGUCCAGCUCAGCCACCCUGAAAGGUCCAGCCAUGGAUCAGGAUAACAGUCAAGGCGAGCCGUAGAAGAUGCUGCCUCCAAGAGUCAAGGCAAGCACAUCACGCCUGCAGACAGAGUUGGACUUCUGAGAUGGCACGCUGCAAUGUCUGCACUCUCUCUUGUUGCAGACACACUGGAGUUAGCAACUGUGCAAAGCUUCCAGGCCAAGACUCAGACAAACCUGUCUGCUGUUCCCUUUACCAACCAGGGACCAGUCACAGCCCUUGGGGGCAUCUCUUCCCUUGUCCCGUGGGCUUCCAUCCUCGGGUAUGUAAGGAAGAUGAUGCCCACUGGACUUAUCUGGCAGCUUCAUAGGUGCUGUUUCUGAACCAAAGACCAGAGGCCACCCGAGGUUUCCAUUUCCCCACAUCCUUCAGGACAGAACAAAAGCAUACAGCCCAGCCAGGAGUUCUCUGUAUUCCUUUGAUCUUGCCUCAGGGUGAGGGUGUAAGCAGCUGUAGACUCCCAAAGAAAAGAAGGAAUCCAAGCCCUGUUUGGAGACCCCACCCCAAUUUAUAAUUUUCCUUUGAAUUCACAAAUACACCCACAUGGUCCUCUCCAGUUAGAGGAAAAUCUCUCCCCCUGCUUCCCAGGUCAGUACCUCUGGCCAAGAGCAGCCUUGGGGUCUGUUGAGGCGGACCCUGAGAAAGGGGCUGUAGCUGGAUGAAAAGGAGUCCAGACCUUGCUGUUCAACAUCUUUACAACACCCCAGCCUUGCCAGGAGGUUCACAAACUGGAGAGAAGUUGGGGUGGGGAGCUGUCAAGGAACAACUGGAAAAUACACGUGCUUAGAGACUGACCAUCUCUGCUGACUCCUGGCCUCAGUUUCCCCCAAAACAGCCUGGGCCUGCUGUGCUGUUUGUCUCCCCACAGCCCUGCAUUCUGACUUGAGGGCAUUCACUGUUUGCCCUCCACUCUGAUGUGGCUGGAAGCAGGUUGAAGAUUAAAUCUUUGAACUGGUCUAAA